UGGAUGACAUAUCUUUGAAUCCAAGAGGACAGAUUCAUUUCAUCAUCAUUGUUAGGGGACAGAUUCUCAAUACAUCAUUGUCGUGAUCUCACAUCUCAGCAAAGAUGACUGAAAUGGAGCAGAAAAGCACAAAUUCGUCGGGAUGCCUCAGCCGAGCAUCGUUCGCGUUCGUCAAUGCAAUGGAGGCAGGCUUCUAUUGGCACGGCAAAAGCAUCGCUCAGCGGCCCAGGCUAUACAUCGCUGGAUGCUUCAUCUUCACGGGAAUUUGUUGCCUCGGUUUAUACAACUUCAAUAUGGAAACUAGGCCUGAGAAACUUUGGAUCCCUCAGAACUCCGACUACAUAACUGCACUGGAGUGGCAAGCGGAAGAGUUCCCGAACACAAUUUACAGGAUCUAUAAGGAAGUAGCUGCCAUCACGGUUACAGACUCUUUUGGGGUGUCACGCAACCAAACAGAUUUGUGCUUCAAUGUGCCCGUGCUGAGUAGAUCGCAGCAGCUGGUCGAGCAGAACUUCGGCGCGGCCUCCACCAGAAUAGACUGGUCGCUGAAGCUCAGCCGUAACGUGUACUGCUCCGUGUUAGAUCUCAUACCGAGAUCAUGCCUGCAGUUGGGUAUCCUGGACGUAUGGGGGGAUAAACCUGAUGUCAUUAACAGGCUCACUCAACAAGACAUUAUCAACGACAUCAACACUGCCACGUUCAGCGCCACGUAUCUGUACCCAAUGGAGUUCAGCCAGUACCUCGGGGCCGUGGAGCGCAACAGCAGCGGCCACAUCGUGGCGGCGGGCGCUACCUUGCACCAGUGGAUGAUGGUCAUCAACAGAACUGCCGUCGAUCUCGCCUCUCUCGACGCUAUGUCUGGACUAGCCUCUGAAGUCGACCCAGCUUUGUACAUGUGGGAGGGCGAGUUCAUAAAAGUGCUACAAAACGAGAGCCAGAGGCCAGAAGGCGUUACUGUCUACUUCAGCACUGAGAGGAGUUUCGGUGAGAUAAGCGAAAGCACGAUCAUGGGAGACGUGUUCUUCCUGGCGGUUGGCAACGCGAUCCUCUUCAUUUACGUGACUCUCAUGCUCGGCAAGUUCAACUUAGUCGAGCAGCGGCCAUUGUUGUCACUGAUGGGUUUGAUGUCCACCGGUAUGGCGGUGGGCAUAUCCUUCGGUCUGUGCUCGGCCUGCGGUCUGGAUUACGGUCCAGUGCACAGCAUCCUGCCGCUUCUCAUGCUCGGACUUGGUGUGGACGACAUGUUUGUCAUCGUCCAGUGCUGGUCUAACCUGCCUCAACAGGAGCGCCUAAAUGCAGUGAUACAGGAGCAAAUUGGCCGGGCCCUGCAGCACGCCGGAGUCGCCAUUACUGUCACUUCCCUCACUGAUGCUCUCGCCUUUGCCAUCGGCGCUACAACGACUUUACCAGCCUUGCGCAGUUUCUGCAUCUAUUCGGCGGUGGGCGUGGUGGCUCUGUACGGGCUCCAGGCGACAUUUUUCGUCGCCUGGUUUACCUUCGACCAAAUCAGGAUGCAAAAAAAUCGGAACGGCUUGUUCUGGUGCUACACGCACAAGAAUUACGAGCCAAACCAGUGCUCACAGACCGACCUCUGCCAGAGUUUCUUUGAAAAACUCUACUCACCGGCAAUUUUGUCAAUUUACGGAAAAGUUGCGGUUAUUUUGAUCACCGUCGCAAUGACAGCAACUGCCGGCUGGGGGGUGUCUACUCUUCGUCAGGAGUUUAACCCUGUGUGGUUCUUACCUCAGUCCUCCUACCUAUACUCGUUCCUGACUCAAGCCGAGUACUACUUCCCAAAUGCAGGCACCCGAGGUUCGGUGUUCCUUGGUGCCCUGGAUUAUCCCGCAGAGCUUCCGAAGAUCAACUCUCUAGAGCACCCGAGGUUCGGUGUUAUGGAUUAUCCCGCAGAGCUUCCGAAGAUCAACUCUCUCACGAUCGCCAUGUUGGAGGACCCUGACAUAUCGACGGUUGACUCCUGGUACUUCGAGCUUGCUGACUACACAAAGAAAGAUAUCGGCAUCGAUAUACGCGGACAAGCUCUUAAUGAAAGCUUCUUCAACCAAAUCAUGGGGAAGUUUAUAUUUUCGGCCACAGGCUCUCGCUUUCAAACCUACUUCAACUUCGAUGGCAACGUUUCAUGUCAACAAGACAUCCCUAAGAUACUGGCUAGCAAGUUUGACUUUCAACAUGGGGUGCUAGGCGACAGAGAUGAGCAAAUUGCGGCGAUGGACCGGACCAAGGAACUCGUCGCUAGCGAGGACUUCUCAGCAUUUGCUGCGCCAGUAGCGAUGCUGUACAGCAGCUGGGAGACAGACAAGGUGAUCGCCGCGGAGCUGAUCCGUAACCUGACGCUGGCGCUGGUGGCGGUGCUGGGCAUGACGUUGCUGCUCAUCGCGAACGUCUCCACGGCGCUCUGCGUCUUCGUGUGCGUCACCCUCACGCUCAUUGACGUGAUGGCCCUGAUGUCGUGGUGGGGCCUCACCAUAGACACGGUGUCGUGCAUUAAUUUGGUGCUCUGCAUAGGCCUCUGUGUUGACUACUCUGCCCAUAUCGGCCUUCACUUCAUGCAGGUGGAAGGCAGCCGCAACGAACGCGUGCACCAGACGCUGACCAUGAUGGCGCCUCCGGUGCUGAACGGGGCCGUGUCAACCUUCCUGGCCUUCAUCCUGCUCGCUAAUUCUGACUCGCACGUUUUCAUAAGUUUCUUCAAAAUAUUCUUCGGUGUGUUCGUGUUUGGGGUGUUCCACGGCCUGGUGUUCCUGCCGGUGUUGCUCAGUAUCAUUGGGCCAGCUUCGUACGCUUCUUCUGGCAAGCCUCAACAGCGUGGGUCUCACACCGCCGAACUCGUGCCUCAAGUCGACGAUUCGCCCAACGCAAAACAAAUAAUAGCACACGACGAUCCUGCGUCCCAAUUGAAGAAUAUAGAUGAUAUUGGUACGCCUAGAAUUGUUGUACGGGUACCAAUGGGUGAAGCGUUGGAGUUAGAAGAACGUGUUAACGUCGCAGAGAGAAGGGAUCCUCAAAAUGUCGGUGUUCCGCCUCGGGAAUUGGUUGUUCAAGGCUUGAUCGUUGACCCUCAGUUAGAACAAGGGUUAGAUGAAGGAAGUAGUAGUGAUGAAGUCAUAACUAACGAAGAUUCUGAUGAAGAAUGGAAACAACAAGUUAAGAAUUGAUUAAUGGAAGAUUUUUAGUUUUUGUUGUCCUUUAAGUAUAACCAUUGCAUACUUCAUUCAAACAUCAACUUAGGAAAUAGAAUAGGAACAAUAUACGUUUAAAAAUUACUUGUUAAAGAC